AUGCGGAACCUCUCGCCUCAAGGAUCCUCUUGCUUCUCAUUCGAUCGGGGCCGUGCAAUCGACCAUUUCUUCGUUCGCCGCUCUGCUCAACCUUCCGUACUUGAGAUGGGAGUUGGGGUGCAAGUCAUGACCCCUGCGGUCGUGGACGAGGUUAAUACCGCGAGGCACCCUGAGGAGGUUUCCAUGGAGUCACACGAGAUGAUUCCCUUGCUCGAGGAUCACGCCCUGGAGCCUGUGACCUUGUUGACUGAGGAAAACUUCUCUCACAUUCCAAAUUCCUGGCCUCUUUUUGCCAUAAGUUCGAACCCUCCCUCGACUCGCCCUCUCGAGGUGCCCCAAUGUGGCUCGCCCUUUCAGGCAUAUGUGGUGGAGUCUACCGCCAUCACGAUCGAACAUGCGAUCGUUACUAGCAAUGCGCCUUCUACUAUUCCCACUGACGGAAGUGCAACACUUGAACCCAUCCUUAUAUUGACCUUGGGAGCUCCCGCCUUGGUAGUCGAUACUAUUAUGCUCGAACAUCAACUUGAGAUUAUUGUAAAUCCAUCAGCAGCGGAUGGAAGAGGCUUAGCCAUGGUCCCUCUUGAAGGAGCCCUUCUACCAUUGCUUGAUCAGCCCUUCGGUCACAUUUUCGACUUCCUCAAUCAGUGGGAUGCAUCUAUAUCUUUGGUGGAGGCUUCCACUCACAUUGCCACUUCCUCCACCAUGGUCAGGCCCUACCAAAUUCCAGGGCUGAGGCAUUACUUUGGUCAUGUAGUGAUGGAGACCUCAUGA